AUGGCGCUGGCAACAUCAAGAAACUGCUGCACACGGCUCCUAAGGGAGUCGUCCCGGCUCAAUGCAGCUCUAAGUUCCGCAACACUGCCUUCUUUCCUGCUCCCUGCGUUUUCGAGGCCGUUUUCAAUCUCCAUCUCAAGACAAUCUCGAAUCGGCGCUGCCCCUAUCGCAGUGCCUCCAGAAGUGUCAUUACAAUUUCGCGAUCUGCCUCUAGACCAGACUGUAUCAAAGGCGCAGGCUAAAUAUGCUCCUGUCACUGCAGUGGACGUAACAGGCCCUCUGGGGUCACUGACAUUGAAAAUUCCGCCAUUUUCAACAUUAAAUUACGACCCAGAAUCGAGAAAGGCUUCAUUUGAAGUACAGGAUGUGACUGUCAAGCACCAGGCUGCCAUGUGGGGAACCAUUAGACAGCACCUACGAAACUACAUUCUUGGUGUUUCCGAAGGCCACAUAUGCAUCUUGAAACUAGUUGGAGUUGGUUUCCGUGCCUCUGUCGAAUCGUCUGCGAUCACCCUCACUCCUGAAUACCCUGGACAGCAAUUUGUCUCCCUGAAGGUUGGAUUCGCACAUCCUGUUGAGCUUGGUAUUCCUAAGGGCGUGGAGGCCCGGACUACGCAGCCCACGACUCUGCUCCUGGAAAGUAUCGACAAGGAGGUUGUGACACAAUUCGCCGCGGACAUUAGAAAAUGGCGACCUCCAGAACCCUACAAAGGCAAAGGUAUAUUCGUCAACGGAGAGACGAUUAGACUCAAGGCGAAGAAGAUCAAGUGA